GAAUUAGUGUGAUUGAUUUCAUUCAUUGAGAGUCCACACCCCUCUCUCUCUCUGUCUCUCUGUAUGUAAAGCUCAGUCUCCAGAGUUGUGAAAGGUGACAUGGGUUUCCUGUGGCUUUUCGCAUUUCAUUGAUUUCAAUAUCUGCUCUUCCUUCCUAGAAGAUCUCAAAUCCAUUAGGGCAUCUGGAGCUCUAGGGGUUGCUAUUUUCAUCUCCCUCUCCCUCUGUUUGAAGACAACUCAUCGAAUCUGUCACAGAUUCUGUUCGUGUUAUUAUCAAUUUGGUAAUGGGUACUGUUGGUGAUCAGUGGGAUGAGGAACGUUCUGUGAUUGGAGACAAAGGAGAUAUUGGGUUCGUUGAUUUCAAUGAUGACAGAUCUGUAUGUAGUUACAACCCAACCGAAGAGGGUCCAGUUUGUAUAUCUGUUCCAUUCCCCCUUGUAGGAGGAAAACUUCAAUCAAUACUCGUAGGAGAAACUGCCACUGAUUCGAUAACCAUUGAGAACACAACUACUGAUCCUGUGGAGCUCUGGGCGGUUAGAAUUUAUGACUCGAACCCUAAGGACUCAUUCACCCUUUCGCUGAUGGAACCUCCAUCAGCAACUUCAGAUAUGGAGUACAUCCAAGGAUUCCUAGAGUCGUUUUCCUUGGAUGACAGAGUUCUACGACCGGGUCAGACUUUAACCGUUUGGUUGUCCUGCAAACCCAAGGAAAUCGGCCAGCACACAACGGCUGUUCAUUUUGUUGUAGGGGAUGACACAAUAGAACGGAUGGUUCUUCUGUUGGCAGAUGAUGAGACCUCCCAGUCUUUGGCUUCAAACAGGCCAUAUUCUAGAAAGAAAAAGCAGCAAUUGUUGAAUGUGGAUUCAUUUCAUGUGGGUGUACGUCCAGCAAAGGCUUCAAAGCGAAAGUUCAAAUAUGGGCUUCCUGACUAUCCAAUUCCAGAAAAUGUCAGACAAGUGGUGGAGAGUAAGCAAAUCCCUGACGCGAUAAGAGAAGGCUUAACAAGGGGGAAGUAUACUUCUUACUUCAACACAUUACUGAUCAUGGAAGAAAUAAAAACGGAGGAAAACAUGAGAGAUUAUGGCAUGGAAUCCGUCCCUAUGAGGAAGAGCGGAACCCAAUUCUUGAGACUUGAGGUCCCGGGACUAGCUGAGAAAAGACCUUCACUUGUUCGUGGAGAUCACAUUUUUGCUAACCUAGCCUCAGUAGAUGAAAAUGAUUCUUCACCUCCUUCUCAGGGUUUCAUCCACCACGUUGAAGCUGAAGAAGUGCUUUUGAAGUUUGACGAUCAAUUUCACCUGUGUCAUAGGAAUGCAAACCUUUAUAAUGUGCAGUUUACAUAUAAUCGAGUGAGCAUGAAAAGGCUAUAUCAGGCCGUUGAAGCAGCGGAAAGUUUAGGGUCAGAGCUUCUUUUCCCAUCUGAGUCAUCCGGAAGGAGAUUUAUUAAACCCACUCCUUUCGUCCCUUUCUCUUGUAUUAUUAAUGAGCAGCAGAUGCGUUCAAUUGAGAUGAUUCUUGGUUGCAAGGGAGGAUCACCUUAUGUGAUCCAUGGGCCUCCAGGUACAGGUAAGACCGUGACACUUGUAGAAGCAAUUCUCCAGCUUUACGCAAAACUAAAAACUGCUCGGAUUCUUGUCUGUGCACCUUCAAACAGUGCAGCAGAUCAUAUACUAGAGAAAAUCCUCAGUAUGAAUGGCAUUGAAGUUCAAGAGAAUGAGAUUUUGAGGCUCAAUGCACUAACUCGUCCUUUUGAUGAUAUAAAGCCUGAUCAUAUUAAGUUCUGUUACUGUGAAGAGUCAGACUUCAUGUGUCCUCCACUGAGGUCCCUCAUGCGCUACAAAAUCAUCAUAUCGACAUAUAUGAGUGCCUCUCUUCUUUAUGCAGAAGGUAUCAAGCAAGGUCACUUCUCUCACAUUUUCUUGGAUGAAGCAGGACAAGCUUCAGAACCAGAAACCAUGAUUCCUCUAUCCCACCUUUGCCUGAGGAAGACCGUUGUUGUUCUUGCCGGAGACCCAAUGCAACUAGGUCCUGUAAUUUUUUCCAGAGAUGCAGAAACUUAUGGAUUGGGAAAGUCAUACUUGGAGAGGUUGUUCGAAUGUGAGUACUAUGCCAAUGGUAAUGAAAAUUUUGUCACUAAAUUGGUCCGGAACUACCGAUGUCACCCAGCAAUUUUGUAUCUCCCUUCACAGUUGUUUUACAAUGGAGAACUGAUUGCAUGCAAAGAUGAAUAUGGUUCAUAUAAGAAUAAGACAUGGGAAUACCUUCUUCCUAACAGAGAAUUCCCUGUUCUUUUCAUUGGGAUCCAAGGCUGUGAUGAAAGGGAAGGAAAUAAUCCAUCAUGGUUUAAUCGAUUUGAGGCAAGCAAGAUAGUUGACAUGAUCAAGCAACUGUCAGAUAAGGGGUUAAGUGAAGGGGAUAUUGGAGUAAUAACACCUUACCGGCAGCAAGCACUCAAAUUAAAGAAAGCCCUAGAAAACUUGGGAUUGUCUGGGAUCAAGGUUGGAAGUGUUGAGCAAUUUCAAGGACAAGAACGGGAAAUAAUUAUAAUAUCCACUGUUAGAUCGACUGUGAAGCACAAUGAGUUUGACAGAAAUCAUUGUUUGGGAUUUUUGAGCAAUCCUAGAAGGUUCAAUGUUGCCAUUACCCGGGCCAAAUCUUUACUGGUUGUUGUUGGGAAUCCACAUAUCAUCAGCAUGGAUCCAUACUGGAAUAAGCAGUUAUGGCAUUGCUCAGAUAAUCGCUCCUAUCAGGGUUGCCCUCUUCCUGAAAAGCAGGAAGAUAUUGAGGAUUACCCUCAAGAAGAGGGCCAAUCGGAUUACCCCCAGGAAGAGGGCCAUUCGGCUUAUGAAGGAGAGAACCAUCUACCCUCUGAUAAGUUUGAAGUGCGUGGAGAAGCCUAUCAGGCAGAUCUCCCUGAACCUAUUACGGAUGAAGCUGAGUGGUCGGAUGGUUGGAAAUAAACUCUAUAGCAGAACUUUGAAUUAUGGAGCAACGAGAAAGUGUUUUCUUCUUUUCUGUCUUGCUUUCUCUUGGUAAUGAAUGAAUUCUGUAAAUGUUCCAGAAUGAGGGAAAAAGUAUCUUAUUUGUGCUGGUUCCUGAGAUAUAAUAGGUCAGUUUGUUGGAAAUUAACUUUCUUGCAAAUUUGGGAUUUGCUUUCUUUCUAUUGUUAUUGAAUAUAUACUGUAGUGAGUGUUCCAGAAUGAGGGAAAAUGUAUAUAAUGUUUUACUGGUUCUUGAGAUAUGAUAGAUCAGUUUGCCUAGGGAAUUUUCAAA